CUGCCAACUUUCUACCCACUUUCCAGUUUGUUUCCUCCCACUGGAAUUUGGGGAAGAUCCCACGCUUAGAAAAAAAAAAAGAAAAAAAAAAAGCACAUCAUAGUCAGACAGACAGGCAGCUGGUCGAGGGGAGGGGAGGGACUGUGACCUUAUAGCAUCCAGACUGGCUCCAGUGCACGCUUCUUUCUUCUAUCUAACCAGCCCAACCUCACACACACUUAGUGGCCGUACUCCAGCAGCCAUGAGCAAGGACAAGCAGAGCAAACAGGUGCCGCAGUGCAGCAGACCACUGUCCCCGACCAAAGGCCACAAAUCCCCCAGGAUGCCCAAGUGCUCCCGCUGCAGGAACCACGGAUAUGUGUCUCCCCUGAAGGGCCACAAGCGCUUCUGCAACUGGAGGGACUGCCAGUGUCCCAAAUGCAAACUGAUAGCCGAGAGGCAGAGAGUCAUGGCGGCCCAGGUUGCCUUGAGGCGGCAGCAGGCUCAGGAGGAGGAGCUUGGGAUUUGUCGGCCGGUGGCUCUGUCAGGUCCUGAGGUGAUGGUGAAGAACGAAACCGGAGCGGACUGCCUCUUCUCUGUGGAGGGACGCUCACCGACACCUGCCACUACCUCCGCUUCUUCUCUUGUUGUCGCAGCAUCGUCCUCCAGCCCAUCAGCUGCUGCCAGGACUCACACUGAGGGACCGGCUGACCUGCUGCUGGAAACCUCCUAUUACAACUUCUACCAGCCUUCACGCUACUCCACCUACUACGGCAACCUCUACAACUACCAGCAGUACCAGAUGCCCCAUGGUGACGGCCGCCUGUCGGGCCACAACGUUUCCUCUCAGUACCACAUGCAUUCCUACUACCCAGCGGCCGCCUACCAGCCUCAAGGCCUGGGCUCCACUACGUACAUGCCACCCUUCUUCAGCGUGGAUGACAGCAACAACAACAACAACAACAACAACAACAACAGCUGUUCUGAGACCAUGGCGGCCUCCUUCUCCACCAGCGGCGUCGCCACCGGACACGACUCCACCGCGACCUGCCGCUCCGUCGGGCCCCUGGUCAGCCCCGACGUGAAGGCCGAGUGUGGGACCAGCGGCCACAUGAGCAGCUUCACCGUCGACUCCAUCAGCGGCGACGCCAGCAAAUAAAUGAGUAAAAAAAAAAGCUGAGGAUGACAUCACGUAACAAGAAGCGUUAUGAGACGCGACGCCGAGCUGAGUGUUUCACAGUUCAGUGUUUGGAUGUUUUAUCUGUUCUUACUACACAGGUUGUUACUUUUAGUUCAUUAAAAGCAUUAAAGGUGAUUGAAAGAGUAGAAAGAAAAACUGUAGAAACUGACUUGAAAGGGGUCGUAUCAAGUUUUUGUGGAGUUUUUGAGCUGAAAAUCUCUUGACUUGACGUUUGGAUUCAAUGUGCAGUAAUUUUUUCCUUUUGUUUUCCAGUAAAACAGACAAUAGAUGUAGUCUUCUACAUGCUUCCUGGUGAGCAAGCACUUACUUCUUGAUAUGCACAACAAAAGAUUUCUAGCUGUUUCUUUUGUUCGAGUAAAAGUUUUAAUCUUUAGUGUUUCUGAUCAGUAAUGAUAUUGCUGAGCCCACUUCCACACCACUGUAGUAGUAAAGUUAAAAACCAACUAUUCUUAUUCGAUCAGCAGUUAAAUAACAAUGUUUCAUUGUUUAGUUGAGUCCUGCUUCUUCUGACAUGUCAAUGAAGCACCAACAUAAACUCAUCAAUAUUGGAUUUUCUUAUUGGAAAUAACCAACGGCGUCUAAACGACCACAAAAAUCGUAGUCAGUUCUAUACGACAGUGUCUUCGUACACCAAUUUGGCAAAACAUUAUGACCACCCACCCUCCUAGACCAGGCGUCCCCGCCUACAAAAAUAUUAGGAAGGUGGUCAUAAUGUUAUGCCUGAUUGGCGUAUCUGCAUUAGCUGAAUAUUGACUGACGGCUCAGCCCGGCUUUGCCCUUCUGUCCUGAAUGUAGCCCAGAUUCACGGCUGUAGACAGAGUCUGACAUGAAGCUCUUCACCCUCUGGACACGAGAGCUGAAGAUUUUAAACUGGUUUAUUUUUCCGCUGCGAAGGACCGUGUCCCCGAAUUAAAAGCUAAGAGCAGAGAACAUCUCAGACAAAGAAACACGUCGGCAAAAUUUGCACGUUCACAUAAAACAUUUAGGUUCGAAUUUAGUUGGUUGAUGUUUAAUUUAAUUAAUCAUUUAAUGCAUUGAAACCAAAUUGAAUACAGGACUAACAUUUAAUGUGAUGAGGGGAAGAAAAUCAUCUAGACUUUGUGAAAGAAAUGUGUGUUUUCUUGUUUUCUGAAGCUUCGAGAGCAAACAACUAGUCAAUGCAUUAAAACAACAAUUGGCAAAUUAUUAAUCACAGCCCUUGUAAUUUCCACGUACUGUAUUUUUUUAGCAGAAUAAAACAAUGCAAACAGUGAACAAUCCCCCAAAAACAAACUUAUUCCUGACACAUUUCGACUUCUCACAUCUUCAUGAACUAAUGUUUUGUGUCCCACUUUUUGAGUUGUGUUCUUUAAAUGUAAAAUUUAAAAAAAAAAGAAGAAGAAGAAGAGAUUUUUCUGCCUUAGUGAAGUUGACGCGUGCGCCCCGGUGCUGCUGUGUAUUGCUCGUGUUUUAUGGAGUUUUGUUUCAAACCGCAUGCAUUCAGCCAGUUUUAUUUGUGUUUGUGUUUGUAUAAGGCAGCAACACAAGUAAUUUGGAGCUUUGGAGUUUAUGUCGCUACAAGUUUUAGGGAAAUAAAAAUGCUCAAAGUGA